GGCUUUAAAAGUUUGCUGGGCCAGGAGUCGCGAGCGAGCGAGAAUGGCGCUGUGCGUGGGGAUGCUGCGCCUCGCGACGCUGCGCGCCCCGGGGCUGGGGGUGCAGGGGGCGCAGGGGGCGCGGGCCGGCCUCGCCCGGGGGGCGCAGGAAGCUAGGCUGCAGCGCGCUCGCCAGCUCAGUUCAGGAGAGUUGGACUACAGAGCUUCCCCACCCGUUGGAGGCCUCAGCUAUGUCCAGGGCAGCACCCAGUUCCCUCUGAUCCACAAAACCGUGGGCCAGUGCCUAGAUGCCACAGCACAGAGGUUCCCCGACCGGGAGGCCUUGGUCGUCCUUCACGAAGACGUCAGGAUGACCUUUGCCCAGCUCAAGGACCAGGUGGACAAAGCUGCUUCCGGUCUGCUGAGCAUUGGCCUCUGUAAAGGUGACCGGCUGGGCAUGUGGGGACCCAACUCCUAUGCCUGGGUGCUCAUGCAGCUGGCCACCGCCCAGGCGGGCAUCGUUCUGGUGUCUGUGAACCCUGCCUACCAGCCUAAGGAGCUGGAGUAUGCCCUUAAAAAGGUGGGCUGCAAAGCCCUGGUGUUCCCCAAGCAAUUCAAGACCCAGCAAUACUACAACGUCCUGAAGCAGAUCUGCCCGGAGCUGGAAAACGCCCAGCCGGGGGCGCUGAAGAGUAAGAGGCUCCCGGAUCUGACCACGGUCAUCUCGCUGGACGCCUCUCUACCGGGAACCCUGCAGCUGGAUGAAGUGGUGGCGGAAGGCAGCACAGAACAGCACCUCGCCCAGCUGCGGCGCACCCAGCAGUUCCUGUCCUGCUAUGACCCCAUCAACGUCCAGUUCACCUCGGGGACAACAGGCAGCCCCAAGGGCGCUACCCUCUCCCACCACAACAUCGUGAACAACUCCAACAUGAUCGGCCAGCGCCUGCGCAUGCCCCUGAAGCCGCCUCAUGAGUUGCGGGUGGUCCUGCCCUGCCCCCUGUACCACUGCCUGGGCUCCGUGGCGGGCACCAUGGUGUGUGUGCUGCAUGGUGUCACUCUCAUCCUGUCCUCACCAAGCUUCAAUGGCAAGAAGGCGCUGGAAGCCAUCAGCAGAGAGAAAGGCACCAUCCUGUAUGGCACCCCAACAAUGUUUGUGGAUGUACUGAACCAGCCAGACUUCUCCAGUUAUGACCUCUCAUCCAUACGUGGAGGUUUGAUUGCUGGCUCCCCUGCGCCCCCAGAGCUGAUCCGAGCCAUGAUCAACAAGAUGAAUAUGAAGGAGAUGGUGGUUGUUUAUGGAACCACAGAGAACAGUCCCGUCACCUUCAUGAAUUUCCCUGAUGACACCCUGGAGCAGAAGGCAGAGAGUGUGGGCAGGGUUAUGCCCCACACGGAGGCCCAGAUCGUGAACGUGGAGACUGGGCAGCUGGUGGCGCUGAACACGCCCGGAGAGCUGUGCAUCCGCGGUUACUGCGUCAUGCAGGGCUACUGGGCCGAGCCAGAGAAGACCUUUGAAGCCGUCGGGCAGGACAAGUGGUACCGGACAGGAGACAUUGCCACCAUGGACAAGGAGGGCUUCUGUAAGAUUGUGGGGCGCUCCAAGGACAUGAUCAUCCGGGGUGGUGAGAACAUCUACCCCGCUGAGCUGGAGGACUUCUUCCACACGCACCCACAGGUGCAGGAGGUGCAGGUGGUGGGCGUGAAGGACCCCAGGAUGGGGGAAGAGAUCUGUGCCUGUAUCCGGCUGAAGAGCGGGGAGACCAUCACGGAGGAGGAGAUCAAAGCUUUCUGCAAGGGGAAGAUCUCCCACUUCAAGAUCCCGCGCUAUGUCGUGUUUGUGGCCGAUUACCCUCUUACCAUCUCAGGAAAGAUCCAGAAAUUCAAACUCCGAGAGCAGAUGGAGCAGCACCUGAAACUGUGAAUCUGAGGCGAGGUCCUCCAUGGCCCGCCUCAGCCCGCCCACGUCUCAGAUCUCUGUGUGUCCAGGCUCCGCUGGGGCGCUCCAUCAACAGCCGGCGGUGCGGAGAGGAGAGAGCGCCACUGUACCCCUCUGCACUUUGUAACACAUCAGUUACCUGGUGUAACCCUCGCCCCACCCCUCUGAGUUCCAACCUCAUUUUUCCCUUUGGUAGGCUUCCUCACUAACUUCUUUACCCUACUGUUACCAGAUUAGUCCGGCAAGAAACAGUCUUUUUGAAAAUGAUAGUUUUGGGGCUGGGAGUUUAGCUCAGCGGCAUAAGUGCCUGCUUUGCAAGCAAGCAGUCGUGAGUUCGAUCCCUGGUACUGAUAAAAACGAAAAAGACAAAAAAAAAAAAAAAAUGAUGGUUUCAUUGCGAUAUAAUUCAAUAUUAUCAUCCAUUUUGGAACUUUUUUUAAAAGACAGGGUCUCAUGAAAUGGUCUAGGCUGGCCUUGAACUUCAGAUUGUCCUGCCUCAGCCUCCUGAGCAGCUAAGAUUGCAGGCAUGCAAUCUGAUAAGUGGGCCUGGCCCACUCACCCAUUUAAAGUGUCUGUUUUCCAGUGUUUUUAGUAUAUUCACAGAUAUAUAUACAAUCAGUGCCAAAGCCAAUGUCAAGCAUUUUCAUCACUUCAAAAAGUUUAUUUAUUUUGUUUUUUUGGAUGCAGGGUGUUACUGUGCAGUUCCCUUUGUAGCCCAGGCUGGCCUCGAACUUGCAGUGAUCCUCCCGCCUCAGCCUCCUGAGUGCUGGGAUUACAGGCGUGAGCCACCGUGCCUGGCUUCCCAUACCCUUUACAUAUCAGCACUCACUCUCUCCCCAGUCAGUCCAGGUUUUUUUUUUUUUUUUUUCUUUUACUUUUGAUCAUUAAACCUGGGGCUUCCCUAAUGGGCAGGGCCAGAUAGAGUCCUGAACUCAAGGAAUAAAAACACAGCCGCUUUCA